GUAUCUACAUACAAACCAAAUCAUUGUCAUUGCUACAUUACCCCACAAACAGCCUUGGCGCCAGUUGCUUCUAUUUUUCCUAAUUACUUACCUCCCCAACUUUUCUAUAUUGGCUGCUGCUCUCCCACGAACCUUCUUUGCUCAUUUGCCAUGAAACUCGAGAAUAUCAUCCUUAAAAAUCUACUAUGGGAAUAGAGACACUCGCUUUGGAAUUUGAACCUUCAGGUUUUACUCCCGUACGACGGCGUCUUUCCACGGUAAACACUAGACAAGCACAUGGCGAUCCAGAACAGGAGUGGACCGCGGCGAGGUGUAAUCGUUUACUUCGAGCCUUGACGUCUAGAAUAUCAAUCCUCAAGAAGGACAUUUCUCGAUUCCAGUCUGCUGCUUCGUCGAGAAACAAUGUGGUGGAGGUGAAAACUGGGGCAGGCCAGAAGCGUGGGAACACUCCGCACAGUGAUAUGGAUUGGACUCGUCCCAAAAAAAGAAUCAAACGGACAUACUCAGGUCGUGGCGGGAGGGCAAGUCAUGACCGCCGGGGCGUUUCUGAUGGAAUACAGCCGUCCGUGAAGGAUAUAAGACGUCUGAUACCCGGAGAUAUCUCCGUGCCCACGCCCAUACUCAAUCGCGCAAGAAGGGGCCUUGUGGGGAGUCAAUAUACUGCUUCUGUUCUUGAUCAUCAAGACAUCCAACCGCUAGAUAACAAGGGAAAGAAACGCCUUAAAGCCAAGGAUAGAGAUGCACAUUUCCAGCUUUCCGAGACGAUGCGAGAAAUACGAAGGAAUACACCCUCUACUCGGUACGCUACUUACGAAGGAAUUUACUACGGACUGGAGGCGUUGCUCAAAGUAACUGCAUCGGAUGGGCCAGAGGUGAAACGACAGGGGCCCCGGUCAUUGCAGUCGAUGUGCCUAGGAGCUGUUCCACGUUAUAUUGCUCAGGAAGAAGCGUUAUUGUUGGUUCAGCUGGAGGAAACUGGUGGCAAGUCAGCCAUCAAUAGGAGAGACGUUUCGACAGAGAUUUACGAUGAUCUGGAAGCUUUUGGAUCAAUGGGACGUGGUUGGAAACCUCUCAGGACCAUUGUACGGUCACAUGGGAUCCAAGUCAUUUGCGAGGCUAUGCAGGAUGGCUUGCUCGACGUGGAAUUCUGUGGAAUUUUGAUCACACUUUGCGUUAAUAUGUCCGCAACUAGAGAGGCCGAAAUACUACUCUCAGCGCUCCUAUCUGUUGGAAUUUUCCCUGAACCGAAGACCGUUUUCACUCGAUUCGAUGAUGAUAUUGCGACUCGACCCCUAUCAAUAUUCUGGAAUUUCGUAGAACACAGAAGUUGCUUCUCUUAUCAAUAUAGGCAGCUGGCAACUAUGAUCGCCGAUGGCCUCCUACCCAUCGGCUGGUUAGCAACCAAAGAGUUUGUCACAUUCUGGACGAGAACUAUACAGGAAAUUUCCCCAGACUCGACAAAUCCAGAUGCUAUCAAUUUUUUGAAUACAGUACUACCUAUGCUUGCUGCUUAUGGAGACAGUGCUGGUAGGACUGGGCGGGUUUCCGAGACUGUAGAGGCCGGUCUUCUUGAAGCAGUAAAGCAAGCAUUCUCAAGUUUGUUGACAACUCUCUCGGCUAUCGUAAUCCUGAGCAAGGAGAACAUGGUCCCGAUAGAAGAGACAAAAGCAUCCUCUUCUAGCUAUAUGGAAGUUGUUACCUUGCUCCAGAGCUGUCUGAUACAGUGGAAGCUCUGUCGCGGGUCUAAUAUUACGGGUACUUUGUUGGCGUUUGCAAUUCUCGUUGUGGAAUCUUCCUAUGGAGACCCUGCACGCUUCGAUGCUGAUCUUGUUGAUCUCCUUUUAGAAAAUUUACGCCAGACCAAUCGUUCUACCCGGUUGUCAGCAGCUCUUGAUGGGCUUGUUGCAUUCGUAUGCUCCAUAGCUCGAUGCUGUGGCAGAGGAGCCUCAAAUUCUGGUUUUGAAUACCUGCAGCAUUUGCAUAUGUUACUGGAGGGUUUUGGAGACAAUAAAGGGCCAGGUGACGGACAGAUUGUGCAGGAGAUAAUCGUCGAUAGCGCGUUUGCUUUUGCGCAGCAAGCUCCAGGCCGGAAACAUCUUGAAUAUGCAGCAAGAAUGGAGGCAAAGUUCCACGUUGUGAAGCGUGAAUCGAUGCUUGCCUCGCCAGUAGGAUCUUCUACUGGUAGGAAUAGCGUUGGUUUUCGUUGGGAGGAGGGUAUCAGCGAAUGGGUCGCAGCUACUCCUGCCAUGAGCUGCUUGAAAUCCCACAAAGCCACAGAAUACUCUAUGGACGAGACCGAGUGCGACACACCCUCUUGUCCUUCGGCUUAUCGACAAUUGCCUAAAGAUUCAGUCCCAAUAAUCUUGAAAGCCCGGCCGACAGAUUCAGCUGGUCUUGAUAGCACUGAUCAGUAUAGAAACAUGCGCCUUCCCAGUUCUCCCGGACACGGAUCGGCCCAAACAUACGACAGCUACGACGCUGAAGACGAUUUCAUCACUACUUCCCCGAGAAGUAAAACUGAUUCUGGAACGGACCACUGUGAAUCUGACGACGAGCUCCUUCCGAGUUCUCUCCAGAGCCAAACUCUACAUGCUAAUGAUUCAUUCUCCUCAACUGCCCUCUCAUGGGCAUCGGCUUCGAGCAACAAAUCCAUAUGUCGUCGGUACGUGGACCGGGCUCCGAGGUUGAGCAGAAGGAUACUCCGAGACAGUCUACAGUGGCAGCUAUUCGAUGAAAGCGAUGAUGAGCUCAGUUCCUUUCCAACCUCAUCUCAAAGCAAUAUGGCUUUGCGAGAUAUCACAAAUCUUGUGGGUGCAAAUGCAAAUGCAAAUGCAAAUGCUAGUACUAUGUGCCGAGGAAAGCGGUCAUCAGAACGACUGAAGUCAAUUGGGGGCUUUGGAGAAUCCCUCCUUGGCGAAAGCGAGGACGAAUUGUGUAUCUGAUGCCCCAGAACAGGAUAAUCUUGCUUGAGGGCUUCUUGGUUAUCAUGUCCCUGUAGUGGUUGGCUGGAACGUGUUCUGCAGCAUCCACGCGUACAGACCGUAAGCGUCUGGUUUCUAAGCCGUGAUUGGGCGCCGCCGUAGGCCAAGGCAAUGCGAGGAAAUCCGCCUCGAUAUCCAGAAAAAUACGGGUGACUUGGGCGAGGUAGUACAGAGGGCGUUGGCUGCUUGACUUUGUACAUAUGCUCGUUUACCCUAUCAGAUAGCGUACAUACUGGAUGGAUACUGUUCGUCGCAAGACACUUGACAGACUUGACAGACUAUGUGAGCCGUGUUCCCAGG